AUGUACGGUCUCAACAUUUGCGAGCUCAUCGCAGUCUUUUGCAUAGUGACCUUUGUUUUGUAUCCAUUGUUCGUUUACCUUCAAGAUCCAAAAAAACUACGUCGCUUCCCAAGCGUGGGACUCGCAGGGUUUACCAAUGCAUGGGCUGUUGUUCAUCAGUACCGGCAUACCCGCACCGUUACUAUCCACCGUGCCCACAAACAUUACGGCGAUAUUGUCCGUGUCGGUCCAACUCAUGUCAGCUUUGCGACUACUCAAGCGAUCAAGGACAUCUAUGGACACGGAUCACCCGCAACCAAGGACACUUUCUACGAUUCUUUCAAUUCGACGCACCUGAACGUUUCAGACUCUCGAGAUCGGGCCAUCCACAGCACCAAGCGUCGGAGAUUUGCCCAGACAUUUGCACAGAAAAGUGUAGUGGAGCUGGAAAAUAUAAUGCAAUCACACCUGGAGGGCAUGAUUAAGUAUAUCGAUCAUCGCCUGGCCGGUUCCGAGAAGUCUCAGGUCUUGGACAUGAAGUUCGUCAACCUCGCCAUCCUCUACGACUCGAACUGUGCAGCUCUUUUCAGCCAAAACCCGAGAUUCCUGGAACGAGAUACGCUUGUUGCUCCCGCCGAGACUAUCACAGGAGAGAAAUAUGAGGCGGAUCUUUAUCAGGGAAUGAUUCAGUCCGCCUAUGCCGUGGUGAUGGCUGGCUGGGCUUCAGAAUCCAUGAAAUGGGUCAAGAAUUUGACUUGGUGGCAUCAAGGGUGGAAACUUGGAGGGCAUGUUCGCGAUAUCACCAUCCAUCUUCUUCGAAAGCGACUUGCAACGGACGUUGAGCGCAUCAAAGCGAAUAAAAGCCCACUCAAUGACCUUGUUUCCACAUUGCUGUGGGACAAAGAUUCAAAUGCACUCUGUCUGGAGUUUGGUGAGAUCUUGAGCGAAGCUGUUAAUCUCAUUGGUGCCACCGAAAACACGGAAAUUGCAUUGACGAAUACUGUUUAUUUCCUGGCUCGUUACCCGGGCGCUGCGGCUAAGCUGCACGAAGAACUUGAGAGAGCACUGCAAGGAAGUACGGAGGAUGUGCCAACAUAUGAAGCCAUCAAGGAUCUACCCUAUCUCAGGGCUUGUAUUGAUGAGAGUCUACGACUCCGGCCAUCCCUCGAAGCCGGCCUACCGCGCAUCAUCCCCAAAGGCGGUCUUUUUGUGUCCGGUGAAUGGCUGGAGGAGGGAACGACGGCGUCAGUUUCUACUCGUACGGUCCAUCGUGAUCCAGCUGUAUUUGGAGACAACCCCGAAGACUUCAUCCCAGAGCGCUGGCUCCGUUCAGACAGCACUAACAUGCAGAGAGGUUACCUUGCAUUUACCCAAGGAGGCCGUGCCUGCAUAGGAAGGAAUAUCGCACUCUUCGAAAUGCAGUUGAUCAUUGCCACUCUCUUUUGGAGAUACAAUAUCAACGUUUUACAUCCGGACUGGGAUCUUGGCAUCAGGGAGGGCCUUAGUGCUCACACAUUGGCAUUGCCUGUCAAAGUCUCUCUCCGGAAUUGA